CUUCCCGUAGGAAUAGGGAGGUAGUCUCGGUCGCCUUGGAGGAACUCGCAGAGAUCUCUCUCUCUCUUCUUGCCCGCCUCUCACAACUCCAAGCCACACAGCCCGCUUCUCGAUUCUCCGAACCCCAAGCUCUCUUGCGCGCUCUGCCGCAGCUGCUCGGCGAAUUGUGCUAGCUAGCGUCCGUCCUCUCGUUCGAUCGCGCGCCGGCCAGCCGUGUGUAAUGCGUGGUCAUGGGGCUCCAAGGGAAUAAGGCGACCCACGACUUCCUCUCGCUCUACACCGCGGCGGGCAAGGACUCGCCGCUGCCGCUGCCGCAGCUCCCGGGCUCCAAUUCCAAGCCGCCGCCUUCUCCUCCUGCUCAAGGUUUCUUCCUCCGGACGCACGACUUCCUGCAGCCACUGGAGAAGCCAUCUUCCCAGUCUCCGCCUCCGCCGUCCCACCCCGCCAACAACAAGGAGCUGUCCGGCGGCGUCGGCACGUUCACCAUCAGCCACGCCGCCCCCGUCGUCAAGCAGGAGCCGCCCUUCGCCCUCUGGGGCGCCGCCGCCGCCGCCGACCCUCGAGGUCACCAGUGGACGCUCCCCUUCGGCGCGGCGCGCAGCGUCGCCGUUGCCUCCUCCAGGCCGCAGCCGCAGUCGGAGCGGAAGGGUGCAGGCUGCGGCGGCUUCAUGGACGCCGGCUCCGGAUCCAGCGCCGGCGCGGGCUUCGACGACGAAGAUGGCCUCGCCGCGCGCCGCGAGGUCUCCUCCUCUCUCAAAGAACUCACGGUGAGAGUGGAGGCCAAGGGCGGGAGCUGCAGCGGCAGCGCGGGCACGGACCAGCUGCCCAACACGCCACGCUCCAAGCACUCCGCCACCGAGCAGCGCCGGCGCAGCAAGAUCAAUGACAGAUUUCAGUUGCUUAGAGAGAUUUUGCCACAUAAUGAUCAAAAGAGGGACAAAGCAUCAUUUCUCUUAGAGGUUAUUGAAUACAUAAGGUUUCUACAAGAGAAGGUACAAAAGUACGAGGUUUCAUAUCCCGAAGGCAACCAAGAAAAUGGGAAGAUUGUGCCAUGGGCAAACAUGUACUUCCGUUCUUUUUGGAAAAAUUAUCAGAACAAGGACCAAAUACCUGGAGAUGUUUCGCCUGACCCUUCACAAAUUAUAAAGAACGGGUCCUCCCCUGACUUCCCUUUUAUAGUGAAACCCGAUGAUAAUGACAAUGGGGUUGCAUCAGUGGGUCCUUUAGGUGCUCUGGAUCAGGCAGAAACUGAUCCAUUGGGUCGUAUGUCACACAAAUCAACUGAAACUUCCAGUCCCGAUAAUCUUCCAGAUAUUGUUGCAACUCUGCCUCAAGCUCAUCCGACAAGAUCAUCACCUGCAGAUGGGAGUGCAAUGAUAAAAGAACUUCUACAUAACCCUGAAUUGGCAAUCGACGAGGGAACAAUCAGCUUAUCAAGCCAAUAUUCCCAAGAGUUGCUUAGUACAUUGAAUCAUGCCUUGCAAAGCUCAGGUAUAGAUUUGUCCCAAGCUAGCAUCUCAGUGCAGAUCAAUCUUGGCAAGCGGGCUACAAAGACAUCUGAUGCUGCUGCAAACGCAGCUUCUACGGAACUCGUCGACCUAGCGGCUAAUAGUCAGACAGUGGACCAUCAGCUGAGGUUCGGUGGUGGCGCCCAAGAACAUCGACGAGCAACCAAGCGGCGCAAAUCAGAUAACAGCUGAUGGAUGUCACUACCCUUGGAAAGCCGAGACGAUUCGACCAAUUUUUUGCUGCCACGGAGCGCUCGAAGUUGUACCCUACAUCAUGUUCCCCGUGGCAUCUAGACAAACAAGAACCUGGAUGUAUUCUUCCAUCUAAUCCUGUCUCUUCUUCGACAUUCUAGUCCCUAGGAAUGGAAGGAAAGCUUCCAUCGCAGAUUGCGAAGCUGCUUGCUGUCCAUACGCUUCCAUUCAUAUAUGAGAAGUUUGUCCCCCCUCUCUGACAGAGCUCCCUUGUAACAUAUAAUUCGAAUGAACAAUUUCCGUCUUGUCUCGUCGUCGUCAAUGAACAUUGCUGCAAUACUAUGUGUUUGUGCA